GAGAGCGAACGAACUCGGGGAAAGUGCUGGGGAUGGGCAGGAAAGUGACUCGGGAAAGGGCUGCUUUUUACCGCCCCGGAGUCCCAGCACUGCUGCCGCUGCUUGCCCGGACACACCCCGGCUCUGUCCGCUCUUAGCGCCUGUACCAGCCCAACCUGCUCCGGGCAGAGCCAACGCGCCCCCCCGACUAAUGCAACAAUAAGCCAGUCUCCCCAGCCAGAGGAAGGAAGAGGGGGACCGGUUACCGUUGAGGAGGCAGCUGUGUAUUCCACCGAGGGGCAGUGAGUGAGCGAAUCUGGAUCCCACGGACGAGAUGCAGGAGAACUAUGAGAAUGUGAUCUCAUUGGCGGAGGAGAUUGCGAUCAGCUGGCCCCGGAUAACCGCGUUUGCCGAGUCGCACAGGAGGAGAGGAUUGGUCUCUGUUUCCUUUCCUAGACCCAGGGAGUUACUGGAUUCUCUCGUUGUUCCAGCAGAUGAUGGGAUGGUGAGUGAGAAUGAGGAGGAGGAUGCUCAGCAGGGAGGCCUUGAGAAGGUGGAUGCCCAAGGGACGAUGCCGGGCAAGUCCAAGGGGAGCGCUCCCCAGAGCGCUGAUGUGGGGAAGGCCAGCGAGGGCCCGCAGAAAGUAGAAGGACAGCCAAGGAAGCCCUCAGGCAAGAGGCAGGGCAAAUCCGCUCACCGUGGUUUCAAGAAGUUCCACCAGCGGAGCCUGCUGGGGCACAGCCGGUGCCAUGACUGCGGCAAGAGCCUGGGCUUCGGCUCGGGCUUCAACAAGCGCCCACGGCUGCGCAGCGCCGAGAAGCCCUACAAGUGCAACGAGUGCGGCAAGUGCUUCCGGCUCAGCUCCACUCUCAUCACCCACCAGCGUCGCCAUGCCAGCGAGAAGCCCUACAAGUGUGCCGACUGCGGCAAGAGCUUCAGUGUGGGCUCGGCCUUCAUCCAGCACCAGCGGGUCCACACUGGCGGCGUCAAGCCCUGCCAGUGCAACGUCUGCGGCAAAAGCUUCAGUGCCAGCACCAGCCUGGUCAAGCACCAGAAGCUGCACCUGGAAGAGAAGCCUUACAAGUGCGAUGAGUGUGGCAAGGGCUUUAACUGGAACUCGCACUUGGAGCGCCACCGGCGCAUCCACACCGGCGAGAAGCCCUACACCUGCCCUGAAUGUGGGAAGAGCUUCAGCUGGAGCUCCCACCUGGACCGCCACCGCCGCACCCACUUGGGCGGGGAGAAGGCCUGCAAGUGCACUGACUGCGGUCGCUGCGUUGGCCCCAAUGGCACCAAGCCCCAGCGUGGAGCAGGAGGAGGAGCCGCCGCCGCCGAGAAGCCCUACCAGUGCCCCGAAUGUGGCAAGGGCUUCAACAAGAGUGCCACAUUGGCCAAGCACCGGCGUUCCCACACGGGCGACAAGCCCUACAAGUGCGAGGAGUGUGGCAAGAGCUUCGGGCUGAGCGCCUCCCUGCUGCAGCACCAGCGGAGCCACGCGGCUGGCAAGCCUUACCAGUGCGGCGACUGCGGCAAGAGCUUCGCCUGGAGUUCCCACCUGGACCGGCACCGGCGCAUCCACAUGGGCGAGAAGCCCUACCGCUGCGGGGACUGCGGCAAGAGCUUCUCGCAGAGCUCCCACCUGGAGCGGCACCAGCGGGUGCACCUGGGCUCAGAGCAGCCCUGCCAGUGCACUGACUGCGGGAAGAGCUUCCUGGCCAGCGCCAAGCGGCGCCGCGUGCUGAGCGGAGAGCGUCCCUGCAAGUGCACUGACUGCGGGAAGAGCUUCCUGUGGGGCUCCCGCGCCAGGCCUUCCCCCGUGGCGGAGAGGACCCACAAAUGCACGGAAUGCGGGAAGAGCUUCACCUACCGGGCAGAGAACGUCAAGCACCAGGGCACGCAGACGGGCGAGAAGCCCUACACCUGCCCUGAGUGCGGCAAGAGCUUUGGGCAGAACUCGGCCCUGGUGAAGCACCGGCGCAUGCACACCGGCGAGAAGCCCUACAAGUGCGGGGACUGCGGGAAGAGCUUCAGCGUCCGCUCCAACCUCAUCAAGCACCAGCGCACCCACCUGGGCGAGAAGCCCUACAAGUGCCCUGACUGCGGCAAAGGCUUCAUCCAGAAGUCGGACCUGACCAAGCACCGGCGCAUGCACACUGGGGAGAAGCCCUACAAGUGCAACGUCUGCGGGAAGUGCUUCAGUGUCAGCUCCAACCUCAUCAAGCACCAGCGUAUCCAUCUGGGUGAGAAGCCCUACCAGUGCUCCGAGUGUGGCAAGAGCUUCAUCCAGCGCUCGGAACUCACCAUCCACCAGCGCGUGCACACCGGCGAGAAGCCCUACAAGUGCCCCGAGUGUGGGAAGUGUUUCAGCCGCAGCUCCCACCUUAACCGGCACCAGCGCACCCACACUGGCGACAAGCCCUCGCUGCUCUCCGCCACCAAGAACUCCGCUGCUGCCACCGCUACCAACCCCCUGCAGGCCUCCUCCGCCUUCUCCUCUGCCUCCUUCUCCUCCCCGCUGGGCACCUCCUCUGCCCCCCUCCCCACUUUACCCUCUUUCCCUUCCUCCCCCUCACCCAUCUCCAUCCCCACCCUCUCCAACAACCCGCUGGAUCUGCCCUGGGCCCUGUCCUUCCCAUCCCGUGCCUUCCCCCACCCUUCCUUCCCCUCGCCUGCUCCGUCCGGGGCCCCGGCCUCAUCACUGAUAAACUAACCGCCCCCCACAGCCUCUCUGUUCCCCCUCGCUCCCCCUAAUGCUCACCUGCCUCCCUCUUCACCACCUCCAUAUCUUCCCCCCUCUGCCCUGCCUUUUGCCACCCCUUUCACUCUCCCUGCUCCCAGGACUGUGCAGUUGGCUUCCUACUCUCCUGCUCUUUCCUCCUUCCCUAUUCCUUCUCCUCCUCCAAAAUUCACACCAUCCACCUCUUCUUCUUCUCUCCCCUCUCCUUUCCCUUCACACGUCUGGCUCCUCCCACUUCCCCUCCCUUCUCGGUGCCUCCAGCUUCCGUGCUGGUGUCCCAUCUAACAUGACUGCAACUUGCUUCCUGUCCCCAACGUGCUCAUCUGACUUGCAGUGCUGGAUCAGUUUCCUUGACUCUCUCUUGACCUGCUCCUCACCGCACCCAGUUCCAUUUCUGGCCCCUCUUGGGCUCUGAGUUCUUAUUCCCCAGUAAUCAAGUCACCUCUUUCUAUACAGCCCUCUUCCCGCAUACCACCUGCCCAGCUUGAUGUUCCUCCCAUGAUCUCCCGUCUGUGCCUUCCUUGAUGUUCUCAGCCCCUUCCUCAUCUCACUACAAAUUCACACCGAGAAGUGUGAGAUUCAUUAUUUACAAUCCAUUAGCCAUGGAAUCCCUCGCACCUCCAUCCUUUCUUGUCUAUAUCACCAUGCCCUGGCUUAUGCUUCUAUUCCAACUUCCUUGCUAUAGGGGGUCUCUGGAGAAUAUCCUAUGAUGAUGCAUAUUUCCUCCACUGAAGGUUAAUACUCAUUCUGUUCUACCAUCUUCCUUGUCUAACUCUGCCCAUCACCCAUCCCUCGAUCUAGGUACCAUACAGUACUUAUUUCUCCCUGAUUAUAGCCUAGAGCUAGAUGAACAAUAGGGAAAGUGAUUUGUGAAUAUGUUCGUGUUCAAAUGGGAUAAGUCUAUUUUGUUCCCCUUUGUGGGAUCAUAUUAUUCUGUUACUGUUAUUCACAAGUAGAGCUGUUCAGGUUUUUUUUUUGUUUGUUUGUUUUUUAAGAAAAUAUUUUUUUGACAAAACAUGUCCUUUUUCAAAAAUGAACAGUUUUGCAAAAUCAUUUGGGUUUUUGUUUUUUUCAAAUUUUUCAAUUUUGUUUUUUACAGAAAUGUUGCAAAUAUUUUAGCCUCUUGUUCUUUGAGGUGAGGUUUUUGGUUUUUUUUUUCACUUUUUCAUGUCAUUUUAGGUUUCCAUUUUGUUUUAUUUCCAUUGCCAAUUUUGAUUGGUGGGCUUAGUAAAAUGCUGGUAAUUAUUCAAAAUCAAAACAAAUCUUUCAUUGUCAAAAUUUUUUCAUUUCAGAUUCAAACAUUCCAUUUGCUAAAAUUAAGAUUUUCAAAAAUGAAGACUAAUCUAUGAAAAAAUUCUGAAAAUUUAGAAAAAAUGAAAAUUCAAUACCAAUUAUUAAAAACAAAGGAACAAAAAUACUUUUGAAAUGUUCACAGUUAAAAAAGAAAAGUUUCAGACAGUUUUAUUAAUUGGAGUGCCUGCAACUUAUUUGUGAAAAUGUUCACAAAUCCAGAACUUUUCCACAAAUUUUCAUAUUCAUAUGUAUCUGGAGUAGCCGUGUUAGUCAUGGGAUGCAUCUAAAGAAGUGAGCUUUUUUACCCACAAAAGCUUAUGCCCAUAUUCAUAUGUGUUUGUUCGAAGAUAUGCACUGGAAAGUGUGAUAUCCCUGUUUACAAAAGUUUCACUCUCCUAAUCAGGAAGCAGAAACAAUACCAAGUGAUUUAGGUGACCAAUGGCACAAAAGACACACAUAAAAGUAAUGUAUAAUCAAAUUAUGCCACUGGCAAACAAUCCAUACAAUAUAAAUUGUUCACGUAGGUUAUUCUGCUGAUAUUUACAAAUCAUUGGCGCUGGUGUUCAGCUAGUCUUUGUUGGGGUAAAUAAUGGAGCUGUAUCAGUUUAUGCCAGCUAAAGAACUGGCUCCAUAAAUCUAUUGUAGGAACCAGGAUUGGUUUGUAAACAACCCACUCACAGAAGAAAGCUAAAAUCAAAACAAAUAUUAUUCACAAUGAAAAAAUUCUACCAGCUCCAUUGAAAGCCUCUUGACCUGCCUCUGCUUUCAGUCCUGAUUAAUAUUCCACCUGCCUUCUCUUCUCUCUCUCUCUCUCUCUCCAUCCAGAACUUUGCUAAGUACUUCAGACAAGGGAAAGAAAUCAAUGCCAUCUGGUAGUAGUCAUCUGCCCCUUGACUCCCUGUCCCCCACCCAUGCUGCCCCAACUCUCUUCUGAACCCCAGUUCAGUUUGCUCGUCCUUUGACCUGUCCCGAUCUCCUUUCAGCUCUUGAUUUCCUUUUCUCUAGUUCUCUCCUAUACUAAAAAGUUAGAUCAACCCAGCUACGUUGCUCAAGACUAUGAAAAAUCCACACCCCGGAGCGACGUAGUUAAGCCGACCUAACCCCCAGUGUAGACAGCACUAGGUUAAUGGAAGAAUUCUUCCAUUGACCUAGCUACCAUCUCCCAGGGAGGUGGAUUGCCUACACCGAAGGGAGAACCCCUCCUGUCAGCGCAUGUUGUGUCUACACUGAAGUGCUGUAGCUGCACUGCUGUAGCAUUUCAAGUGUAGAGAAUCUGUAUUCCUUCCAUCAGCCUUCCAGCGUUCACUCCAGCACAGCAGGAUCCCAGCUCCCUGACUUCCCUCCCACUCCAUCCUUACCCUGUUUCUCUGCCUCUGUUGGCAAUUCCACUAUCGUCCUGACUGCCCAGAGUCACCCCCUCAGAAUUAUUGCAGACUCCAAUCUCUCCAUUCCCUUCUACCGUAUCCUGGCUGUCCCCAGCUCCCAAAUGUUCUUCCUCUUACAGCAUCUCCUUUUCUUUCCCACUGCUCCCUGGCCCAUGCUUUGGCCAUGUCUCAACGUGACCACUGCACCCAGCUGCCCUCCAGCCUCCUUGCUUCCCACUUCACGUCCAUGCUGACCAUCUUCCUUGCUCUCUGCUCCAACUAUACCACCCGCCUCCCAGAUUCCCAUCCCCGCUUCUUCCUGCAGCAGUAUUGUACCCCUCGCAUCUGAUCCCACAGUCUGUCCCAUUUCAGCAUUGAUUUUGUUGGGACUCAAGCACGUACUCAAAUGCUUUGCUGAGCUGGGUCCCUCAUCCUCCCCUCCAAGGCUGCAUGAGGCUGCUCCAGCCUGCAUCCCGGAUCUUAUCUCCUCCUGUGCCCCACCCCCUUGCUCCAUCUUCCUGCCUACAUCCCCCUGCCUAAUCAUGCCCAGUGUGGCCUUCAGCUGUUGGGCCAGAGCCUGAGUUAGUGCAAAUCUGCAUCAUUGGGGCCAACACCAGGUUACGCUAGCUGAGAGGCCGUAUCACAUUUUCUCCAUUGUGUCCCUUAUGGGAAGGUGUAAUAAGGAGGGAACGGAGGGGCGUAUCCGGGCAUUGGAUACAAGUUAAACAAGAAAGUAGGAAAGGGUUAAAGCCCCAAUCCUGAAACACAUAAGCACAUGCUUAAUUGAUACAGUCCCAUUGAAAUCAGCAGGGCGACUCACAGUGCAUAAAGCUAAGCAUGAGCAGCGGUGUUUGCAGGUUAAGGGCCUAAAUGAAUAAACCCAAUAAUUAAAGUCUAUGAAUAAUCGUAAUAAUUCAAGAAAAGUGCAAAGAGUUAAAAGACAUUUCUGGAAAACCAGUGAAAAAGGAUAGGGUUAAACACAACUGAAAAAUGCUAAAGAGUUAAAAGAAAAUCAAAAAAGAAGAAAACAAGGGUUAAAGGAAAAAAACCUAAAACAUAGACAAUAAGAAAGGUUAAAGUUUUUAAAAAGAAAAUAGGGAAGAGUUGAAAAACAUAUAACUGUAAAUGGUUAAAAUUAAAAUAAAUUAGGAAAGGAUUUAAAUAUUAAAGGAAUUGCAAGGGGUUAAAAAUUAAAAGUAAAUGAAAGGUUGAAAAUAGAAAUAAAAACCAGAAUUGGAUGGUAUUAAAAAUAAAAUUUGAAAUGUUUAAGAGUAUAAGAAAAUAGAUUUAAAAAAAAAAAAAAAAGGAAACCGUAAAAGGUUAAAAAGUUAUAUAAAAAUAGGAAAGCCUUUGUUGGGUUUAGCGUGUGGGUGCUGGUGGCCCGUGAUGUACAGGAGGUCAGACUAGAUUAUCCAGUCGUCCCUUCUCGCCUUAAACUCUGAUUAUGUACAACAAGAAGAGGAAAGUUAAAGAAAACGUGUAUUAAAAGAAAUAAAAACAAGGCAACGGUUAAAGAUAAAAACAGAGAAAGGGAUAAAAAUAAUUUUUAAAACUAAUAGAGAAUAUUUUAGGCAAUGGUUCGAAACAUAUAAAAACAACCGAAACAAAACAAUAGACAAUGUGGAAAGGAGGAAACAAUAAAUGAGGAAUCAGGUGCGCAGCUGAUGAUCCGAAAGGCAUCCAGGCAUCGGUGUCCAGUGAAACUGCAGAUAUAGCCUAAACCCUGCAAACGCUCACACACGUGGCGUGAAAUUCAUCCCUGAUAUGGAGAACCCCCCCAUGUGGAGUCACUGAGCUCAGCAACCCUGCAGCCAUGCAGGUUGUAACAUGAGGCCCCUGGAUGAGAUGUCAGCAGCUGGAACCCUGGACCUCUGGAUCUCAAAGCAUGAGCUGAAAGCUGUGCUGCCUGAGCUAAAAGAAUUGGCUUUGAUAGCUCAACCGAAGGCUGCAGCAGCUCAUACAUCUUUGUGAUCCACCACUAGAGGGGGACAGAAACCACACUGAGUAAGCAUGUGUCCCUGAUCUCUUUGUGGGAAGGUGCCCUGGAACUAGUGCAAAGGGGCUACCUGUUGCUCUCGUGCAGAGGUUGGAGUAGCAGCUCCAAGGGACCUGAGCAACAGCCAGGGGCGGAGGUGGAUGGAGUCUGGAUAUCCGGACAGAGACUGUAAACUUUACUCACCUGGGUCACCCCGUUAAGCUGACUGGGACCGUGUGUGAACAGAGUCUCGUGUGUGUGUUUGCAGGAUUAGGGUGUGACUGCCAACUGCCUUUCUCCCAUCUGGUGGCGCUAUUUACACCUGUGCAAAUGUGGGUGUUAAAUAUUGUGAAUGACCCAGCUGGAGUCCCGGGGCGGGUUCCCCUCUCGCUCACCCUGGUGUAAAUCAGGAGUAACCACACUGGAGUUACACUGAUGUAAAACUGAUGCAACAGAGCUGAGGAUCAAGCCCAGUGACUCCCAUAGGACUGCUCAUGUAAUUGGUGCUGGCAGAAUAAGCCCUUGGGGAACCCGAUACACAGGCAGCUGCUCUCAUGCAGAUCUUUACUGGCAUUCACAGUCAGUGUGGGAGUAAUAAAGUUUUAGGGCCAGAUCCUCAGCUGCUGGAACCUGGCAGAGCUGCAUUGACUUAACUGGAGUUACGCCAAUUAAACCAGCUGAGGGACUGGCUGAGGUAACUAUUUGCAGGCUCAUAGAAGUUCUGGGGGAAGAGACCUGGACGCCUAGUUCAAUUUCAGGGCAUGUUGGGACAGAUCUGGAGUGAUCCUGAGCACCUGCAAUGAUACCACCGCGAUGGGCGCGAGAAAAAACCCUGCCGAUACACUGGUGCUUGGCAGCUCCCCCUGGAUUUGGCCCAGCAUUCCGUCAUGAUGCUGCCGGGAACACCUCCCCAUGCUAGUGGAGCAGGGUCCUGCCCUCUCUCCUUCUUCAGAUCCUUGCAAAGUGCAGCUGUGCUAGUCCACUGCCCACAAAAGCUUGACUUAUUUACUUGUUAAUAACAAAUACUGCCCUGCUCUGUGACGCUCCAGUGACUAGUCAUCUGGGGAGAUACUGGGCCCAAGGCCUGCCAGAGGUCCAAGCACCAGUUUGUUCCUGGACCUCUGGCAAGCUCUGGGCUCGGGGCCAAAUUUCCCCCUUUCUCUGCUUUAUGCAUCUGAGCUGCUGUGUUCUCUUUGUCUCUUAGGUUGUAAGCUCCUUAAAGCAGGGACUGUGUCUUUUUCUGUGUUCUGUGGGGCAAGAGCACAUGCUAGCUGCUCAAUGUAGAACAAACAGAGACUGUAAGUGCCCUGACUGUGGUGGUGGUGGAGGGGAAGUUGAUGGCCUAUCAGAGAUUCCGUGCAAGAGAGAGAACCAUUAUUAAAUGCCCGGCUGUGGCUGGAGCUCAGAUCUUGCAACACACCAGAGGACCCGCUCUGGAGAGACACCCUUAUAAGUGACCUGACUGAAGGGGAAACCUUGGGUGAGAGCUCACUCCUUGUUAUGCACCAGAGACUCUGCACUGGAGAGAGACCCUAUAGAUGCCCUGGUGAGGGCUGGCUGCAGUGCAUAUCAGAGGCAUGAGUACCCAGCUGUCUGUCUCUGGAUUCAGGGGGCAUCAGCAGGUGACCCCACGCUGAUUGGUGAUCCUCUGACUCCACCCAGCCUAGCAGACCCCAGGUGGGUGAGGGAGAGAGGACCAUCCUCCUGUAGCUUUCUGCCCCUGGCUGAAGAUUCCCUCCCCCUGCCCUGCAGUCCACACUACUCCCACUGCUGGGCCCAGCAGAAGAGGAACGAAGAACCCCAGACCUCUGGAUACGUCUCCCUCAUCUUCGAGCCUCGGAACAGGGAUGUCGGGCAUAUCAUGCCUUCCCAAGAGGACCUGAGACCCAGUGGCCUUCUGUCUCUUAACACGUCCGUUGCCUGGAUCUGUUUCUGGGGUGGCGGUGAGGAGGUGGAUGUGUCCUCAUAACCCUUUUCUUCCAAAUUCUUCCAGGACGCCUGGUGGGUCUCCUCCUGGUGUUCUCUACUGAGCUAAAGGGUAGUCCCUGGUUCCUAUGAGAGAAACGGAUGGGGACCGAGGUUGAAGGGAGCUGGGGGGGGGGGAUGGUUGAGUGUUUGAGGAUGGGGGAGAUGAGAGCCAGAGUGGGAGGGAGCUGUGGGGUGGGUAGAAAUGGGAUUGAAUGUUUGGUGAUGCGGGAAUGGGAACUAGAGAGGAAGGGAGCGCUGGUUGUGGAGGAUCAAAUGUUGGGAGGUUAUAGGAUGAGGAGGAAGGGGCAGGAUUGGAGAAAUGCUGCCCCUCUAUCAUUCUCCUUCUCUGCCCUCAAGCCUGCCUCCCUCCACUUCCCCAUGCACAGUUUCUUCCCUUCUGUCCCAUCUCCUGCUCCGACUUGGGGAGUUUCCCUGUAGCAGUGAUUCAGACAAGAUAAAGGGAGAACUCUUAAAUCAGCAGUUCAUGGGACCUGCUGGAUCCAACCUAUCCAGCAGGGGAAAUAUGGGGAGUCAGUGGAGAGAUGAUGUGGGGGAUGGAGGAGAUAGGUCUGAGUAACACUCAUGAGCAUGGGAUGAGAGAUUCUAUUCAUGGAAAAAUCCUUAUUGCAGCAUGUGAUUAACCUGUGGAACCUGCGGCUGCAGGAAAUUACUGGGGCACACAGCUCCACAAAGGCGUCUCCUAGCUCCAGAGUGCAGGCUGGGCCUCUGCACUGUAAUAACUGCAUGACAGAGAGCUCAUUGCCUCCUCCCAGGUGGACCUGCCUUGGACCAGCACCAAGUAAAAGGACAAUCUCCCUGAAGGACAGAGAGACAAAUGUAUCCGGUCCUGAUCCUACUCCAGGCGGCGGUCCCACCUCUUACAAGUGAAGGUCUUUGUACUAUUCAAGAAAGAAGCUGGGGAGAUGACCCCCCCGAUCAGGCCUGAAUCCUUCCUGACCCACAUCACUGAGGCCAGAGGGAGAAGACGGCCUUGACAUUCAGCUGGGCAUCUCCCACCCCAUCUGCCACAGAGUGCUGGGUGGGGAUGACAGAGACUUAACCAGAGACUGACUCUCUGCCGCACUCAUCCCCAGAGGGGAUAAAAGCCUCAUCUAGGAUCAGAGAUGCUGGAACCUGCCCGCUGCCUGUGAGAGUGGCUGCCAGCUGACAAGAGGUUAAUGCUAAAAUAUUAGAUGGUAAUUACUUAACUACAAUUUAACUGAGAUUUAUAUAUUUUCUAGUAUCUGCUUGUUUGCUUUUGUAACUGGCGCCGACUGUCUCUCUCUUUGAUUGCCUGUACUUUCUGAUCAGCUUGGAAAUGUUUUACUGCUUGUGAACAGCAACGUGCCCAUUUGUUUUUCUGAAAUGCAAUGUACUGGAUUGAAAUUUUUGUGCAUUGAGUUGUCAUGAUGGCUCCGUUUUUAUUUUAUUUUACUUCAUUCUCUUUCUUUCGAUGAGUAGUAAUAAAUUAGAAUUUAGUUAUCCCAA